UGCUGAAGCCUGCCAUACUUCGUCUGCUAGAUAGUAGCAUCAUCCCUUUGCAGUCAUGGCUGUCUCGACGAAAACACGUGGUAAAAGCCAAAACGACCCUAAACUGAAAAUUGAAAAUGCUGCCAAAAGGAUGACGCCAGAAGUUUAUUUUGCAAGAAAGUUAGCAUCAAAUGAAAAAAAAAUUCGUGAUCGGUCGCUUAAAAAAUUAAGAAGAUGGAUCGCAGCGCGAUCAACAGUCCCAGACGCUUUUAGCGAAGACGAACUUAUGAAAUUGUGGAAAGGACUGUUCUACUGUAUGUGGAUGUCUGACAAACCCUUGAUUCAGGAAGAUUUGGCUGAAACCAUUUCAGGGCUCGUCCAUUCCAUUGUUGAUCGCAUGACAGCUCCAAGGUUCAUUACUGCUGCCCUCAAAACAAUGGCUCGGGAUUGGUCUGGCAUCGACACCUGGAGAAUGGAUAAAUUUUUAAUGUUUGUGAGAAGGAUUAUUCGGCAUAGCCUAGAAUAUCUGGCUCAAGGGGGUUGGAAGAAGGAAGAAGUAAAUAGCUAUUCAAAAAUGCUAUCGGAAGUCAUCAUUAAUGCAAAUGAAAGCACAGCUGUAUUAAAUGUCCCCAUUGGUCUUCAGCUUCAUGUAACAAACUUAUUUCCUGAAGAGUUAGCCAAGGCUGGGGGAGAAGAGUUAAGUUCUUCAACCAUUUUAAAGAUGUUUGAACCAUUUGCCAAAUGCCUUGCCACCAGUAAUGACUACAGACUGAAAAAGGAUGUCCACCAGCACGUUUUCACUUACUUGAUCAAGCAAAGUGACCAAGCGUUGGAGUAUGAAGAACUUGGUCUUGAAAAGCAAGCCAUCAUUUCCAUGAGUGAUGCUAAAGCUAAUAGACGAAAAGCAAAGAAAUUUAAAAAAAAUCAUGCAGUAAUUGUUCAAAAUGAAGAAAAGGAAGAGGAAAUAAAUCCGCAUUCUGAGAUAGACGAAGAUGAAGAUGCUGACGAUGGUGAAAGUGAAAACGAAGAUGACAUGGAGAUGGAGGAAUCAAAUUUUGAUUGGGGAGCUAAGGAUCCAAGAGCUGGUGGUGUUGAUGCUAUUAUACCUCAGAUCCAACCAGACUACAAUCAAAUAGCUGACAUGCUUUUCCAAAUGGCAUCGGAGAAGUCCGUACGUGCUAAGAAUCGGAAAUCCAUUUACGAUAUUGUUAAGAAAUUUCGUGAUUUGGCCAGCGGAAUAUAUCCUUUGGCUGUUAAUUUCGCAACUGUGGGACCCGGCCUGACACCAAGAUGUAUGAAAUCAGCCGCUAAGCAGUUUAUUAGGGAUGAGCUUUCCAUGACUGAACAGAGGAAUGCGGACAGAAUGGAAAUGAGAAAAUCGUCGAAAGCAUACAAAAAACUUCAAGGAAUAAAAACGGACAUCUUCAGUGAACCAAUCGAAGAUGUUUUCGAAGGAGAAGCCGACGAGGCAGUAGUAGAUGAAGAAGGCAGGGAUGUUGCUGAUCUCGUUGAUGACGAUGUAGAAAAUGAAGAUUCUGACCCAGAGCUAGAUACUUCUGAUGAAGAUAAUCCUUCAGACGAAGAAGAUGAAAUCUCUGACGACGAAGAAGAUGAAAUCUCUGAUGACGAAGAAGAUGAAAUCUCUGAUGACGAAGAAGAUGAAAUCUCUGAUGACGAAGCAGACGAAAAGAAGGUAGUGGUGGCCCCCAAACAAAUUGCAAAGGAGGCUCCAAAGUCGAAACGACCAAAAAUGACUUUCGAAGUCGAAAAUAAUUGGGAAGAAGAAGCAGUUCUUCCUCCAGCUUCCAUGCAACAGUUAAAACAGAAGCUGAAAGCUGGAAAAAGGCAAAAAAAUUCUGGAUGGACUGAAAGUCCAACAAAAGGCGAAAUAGAGAUUGUAAUUCCCAAUAAGAAAUUUAAAGGCUCUCACCAAUUGCAGUCUACACAAACCACGUCUGAGAACAAAAAAACAAAUUCAUCGACGAACGGUGGAAAGCGGCGAGUCAAUUUUGUACUCAACAAAAACACUGCUCAAGAACCUAAAGACUAUCAAGAGUCUCUACGGAAGAGUCCGGGAGUUCCGCAUGAUCCGGAUCGUCAACCCAGCGGCGGUGGGGUGUUAAAGCGAAAUGACAUUAACACCAUAAAAUUGGCUUCAUCUCCAGUAACUCGCAAGCCCCAACGCACUGGUCGGAAAGUGUUCUAGAUUCUAAAAUAAAGUUUUACUCUAAAUUCAAAGAGUUAACAAGACUUCGCCCCACAAUUCUCUGUCGCACCUUGACUCGCAACGACAGCAACGUGUAGCAGGAAGUCUCUUCCGAAUAAAUUUGACAAAUGGCAAUACAGUCAUGUUUAAAUUA